GUGGGGCCUCACCCCCCAACGCCCCUGGUGGUAGAGCGGGCGCGUGCUGGGGGGAAGGGGGAUCCCAGGCGAGCGGACCCCGCCCACGCCGGAAGAAUAUCGGCAGCAGCAGCAGUUUCUAAAUGGCCACUGCGCAUGCGCAGGCUCAGCUACAGCAACAAAACGCAUGCGCUGAACAGCAGCUAGCUACUGUAGGGUGGGGGUAGCGUAGCGCUCUCCCUCUAAAACUGCCACCUACCCCUCCCUACCCGACGGCGCCCCGGGUGCCAUCAUUGGCAGGAAGAGCACAAUGGAGGUUCUGCGUCCAACACUUAUAAGGAUUGGAGGGCGCAUUUAUAGGAAAAAUAAUAUUCGACAGCAGACCUAUCCAAAUGAAGAAGAGGAUGAUUUCUAUGCAGGCCUUGGGGAUCCUACAGAUGAGCCUUGUGAUGCCUUCAUGGUGGAAGAGACUGAGAGAGGUUUCCAGUGUGCAGUGGAGGUUCCCAGCCCACUAUACAAGUAUAUCAUUGGAAAAAAAGGAGAAACCAGGAAGAGACUGGAAACAGAGACUCGAACUUCUAUCAGCAUUCCCAAGCCUGGAAUGGAAGGACAAAUUGUGAUUACUGGACAACAGCGUAGUGGUGUCAUUUCAGCCCGAACACGGAUCGAUGUUCUUGCUGAGAGUUUCCGCAAGAAGCAGCCAUUCACACACUUCCUGUCCUUUGCUCUCAACCAGCCUGCGAUUCAGGAAAAAUUUCUACAGUUUAAGGAGGAAGUAUUGGAGAAAUGCUCCAAGGAUCAUGGAGUCAAUAGCAGUCUGUUCCAGAACCCAGCAAAGCUCCAUCUUACUAUUGGGACGCUAGUGCUCCUGAAUGAGCAGGAGAUCCAGAAGGCAUGUGAACUCCUGCAGAGAAGUAAAGAGGACUUUAUUGAGAGACUUUCCAAUGGAGAGAAUGGAGCUUACCAACAGAGAAAUCAUACUCCACCUCUCCCACCACUUCUCUGCAAAACUGUUGGAGGCAAAUCCCUGACUCUGGAGGUGGCAGGGAUAGAAUACAUGAAUGAUGACCCUGCCAUGAUCGAUGUUCUUUAUGCGAAAGUUCACAUGAAGGAUGGAUCAAACAAAUUACAGCUAAUAGCUGAUAGACUCAUGGAGCAGUUUGUGACCUCUGGGCUGAUGAUGAAGGAGUGGGAUAGGGUGAAACUCCAUGCUACCAUCAUGAACACUCUCUUCAGGAAAGACACAAAUGUUGAAGAGCAAAAUAAUGCAACUACAGGCAAAUCAUCUUUCAAGGAACGGGAGACAUUUGAUGGCCGAAAUAUACUGAAGAUCUUUGAGAACUACUACUUUGGAGAACUGCAGCUGAAUUCAGUCCAUCUUUCUCAGAGAUUCUCCACAGACAGCUCUGGUUACUACACUACAUCUGGGCAGCUCACUUUCUCCUGAAAUAACAACUCAGGUGCUCCAACAGAUCUGCUGUGUAAAGGGGUUACAUUAACUUUGGAGCCUCAAACAUGAAGAGUGAUCUCUUCUACAGAUUCUACAAAGACUGUGAUGCCAUGUUAUUUCUUCAAAGAACCAUGCACAAUCUGCGACGUUGCACUUUCUUGGUGGAACUCUCCUGCAGUCUUUCCUACAAAUAUCUCAUCUCCCUAUCUUUUCAAAAAGCUCUGGUCUCCUCCUACCUCCACCUCACACUGCUUUUUCAUUUCCCUUAACACUUCUAGUUUACAGGUUUCUUCCACUAGGAAGCUAGCUGGCAUCUUUAGAAUAAAGGGUCAUCGUCAGCUAACCUUUUAUAUGCAGUUUUUUUCGUUUUUAUCAGACUUUUGAUGCCAUCUUACAAGUUUACAAAAAUAACAUUUAUUUCUCUACAGUUUCUUUCCCUCUGGCAAAUAUUUGUCUCUCCCAGCCUCCCUCCUCAGCCUUCUUUGUAAUGGAGCAGAAGACAUGUCUUCAUUUUGUUUACUUCGCGAUUUCAAAGCCCAAUGAAGUCAGUGGAGAGACUCCCAUUGAAAUCAGUGGACUUUGGAUCAGGCCUUAUAUGAACAGGAAUGUUGCAUGUGCCUGUUUACAUUUGUCACUAAACUGCUUGUUGUAGAUAGCAGAGUGUGCACACCCAGCUUUCUGUGUGUGGCACCAGAUCUUGAGAAUUUUGUUUUUAAAUGAGCAACUGUAACUCUCAAAAUAAAUGUUUAAAAUCCAGAAGAGCUGCCCAGACUGUAAUAUAACAAUGUUAAGGCAAGUCAUUACGUGGGGCCCAAACAGUUUGACAAUGUUUCUGUAACAUUAAUUUAUUUGGUUAUUUUAACAUCACUAAUUCCUUUCCAAAAAAAAGUGUUUAACUCCUGUUGCAUUAAUAAAGCUAUCAAAUUAUUUUUGUAAACUUUUUGCACUUGUAUUAAUAAACCAUUUGCAAUAAGUGCA